AUGAUUGAUUCCAAGAAACCAUAUUUCGGCCUUCGAGGAGGAUGGCUCACAUUCUGGAUCACGUUGGCCUGUGGCGCUGACAUGACCCUCUAUGGAUAUGAUCAGGGAGUCUUCAGCGGCGUUGUGAUUUCGCACGAUUUCCUUCGCUUGCAUGACCUUGAAGGGCCAAGUAAAACUACGUUACUCGGCACGGUUACUGCCAUCUACGAUGUUGGGUGUUUUUUGGGAUCGAUAUCUGCAUACUGGCUAGGAGAGCGAUUGGGCCGCAGAAACACUGUUCUACUAGGAACUACUGUCAUGUCUAUCGGUGCUCUUCUUCAGGCUUCUUCCUACAGCCUGGGCCAAAUGAUGACCGGUCGAGUGAUUGCUGGAAUCGGCAACGGUCUAAACACUUCUACUGCCCCCAUCUGGCAGGUUGAAACAUCUAAAGUCGAAUGGCGAGGAAAGCUUGUCAUCCUCGAGAACGUCCUCGUACUUGUCGGCUUUUCGUUAGCCAACUGGCUAAACUACGGUCUUUCGUUUGCCAAUGGUCCGAUCUCUCGCUCAUUCCGGCAAAGAUGGCUUAUGGCCCACGAUCGCUCCGUUGAAGCUAUUCAAAUCAUUGCAGACCUCGAAGAUAAGGGUAGUGACGACCCCUUUGUCCAGCUUCAAUCAAGCGAUAUCCAAUACAGUGUCGAGUAUGAAAGAGCAAACAGCGUGAGUUUCAGUGAUAUUAUACGUGGGAAGGGCCAUGAAAAGGCAGGCACAAACACGAUUCGUCGGCUUCUUCUCGGAAUGGGAGCCCAGGCCAUGCAGCAAUUUUCCGGUAUCAACGUCACUUCUUACUACUUGCCAACAGUAUUGACCAAGUCUGUGGGCUUGAGUGGAUCAUUGGCAAGACUUCUCACAGCUUGUAACAGCGUUCAGUACCUGUGCUUUUCCAUGAUCGGCAUUCCAAAUGUCGAGCGAUGGGGUCGGCGGAUGCUUCUGAUGUUCGGCGCCGCGGGCCAGUGUUUCUGCUACAUUUUCAUUACGGCUCUUAUUCGGUAUAAUGAAAUGCCAGAUUACCCACAUCGACAUGAAGUGGCCUCGGCAGCCGUGGCGUUUUUCUUCUUGUAUUAUGUGUUCUUUGGAAUCGGCAUGCAGGGAGUGCCAUGGUUGUAUCCAACCGAAAUCAACUCGCUCACAAUGCGGACCAAAGGAGCCGCUCUGGGAGCAGCUACAAAUUGGAUUUUCAAUUUCAUGGUGGUGGAGAUAACGCCCAUUGGUCUCCAGAACCUUGGCUGGCGCUUUUAUAUAAUUUGGGUUGCUUUGAAUGCAGCCAUGGUGCCUGUGAUCUAUGUGUUUUAUCCGGAGACAGCAGGUCGCACUUUGGAGGAUAUGGAUGAGUAUUAUCGUGGAAGCCCCCCUCUUCUGGCGUGCCUUGACAAGGAUGCAAUUUCCAGCAAGCGGCCUGAGCGAUAUAUUCGUCGGGAUGAGCAUGUUAUUCGUGCGAAAGAAGGUGGCGGGCUGGAGGAGCCCCCCCAGCACUUGGAAACUAUUGCAGAUACUUAA